AAACCACAUCCAUCUUCCAUACAAUAUUGAAACCAUAAACAUGAGGGAAACUUUCCGUGCUAUGCUUGUUCUAGUGGCUGUAUUGUUCUUUGGAGCUGCAGAGUUCUGUUCCGGUGGGAAGACGAGCUUCAAUUGUAUAGAGGGGGAGAGAAAAGCCCUCUUGAAGUUCAAAUUUUGUUUCAAUGAUUCUUCUGAUAUGUUGUCUUCUUGGAAAGGCAAUGACUGUUGUGAAUGGAGAGGAAUAGGCUGUGACAAAAAUAGCGGACAUGUUGUCUCGCUUCAAGUUAGGGGAUCCAUAUUUGAUCAACCUCAAUUGUACUUGAUUGAUGAUGCAGAGGAGGUUGUUUCAAGUUUGCUCAAACUAAGGUACUUGGAACACCUGGACUUGAGUGGAAAUGACGUCAACAGUAGCCUUAUUCCACCCUCCUUUGGUUUGAUGAAGCAGCUAAGGUACCUAAAUCUCUCUUCUAUGAACUUCAAAGGAAGAAUUCCAGGUGAACUUGGAAAUCUUACGAGGCUUCAUGUUCUUGAUCUUGCUGACUAUUAUGGCGGAGCAUUGAAGGUUGAUGAUGACAUUCAUAUUCAAGAUAGCAUCGGGCAACUUUCUAAGUUAGAGUUCAUAGAUCUUUCUGCAAAUCAAUUGAGUGGGAAUAUUCCAGAGAGCAUUGGGCAACUUUCUAACCUGGAGCAUUUGUACUUUCAUUCAAAUAAAUUGAAUGGGGUACUUCCAGAUAGUAUCAGUAAGCUUUCCAACCUGAAACUCUUGUCCGUUGCACGUAAUUCUUUGGAAGGUGCCAUUUCAGAAGCUCACUUUGCAAACCUAUUCAAGUUGAUAUCUUUAGACAUUGGGUCUAACAACUUGAGUUGUGAGAUGAAAUCUAACUGGAGACCUCCUCCUUACCUUGCAUAUAUCUACAUGGCAUCUUGUAAAUUUGGAACAGGAUUUCCUAAAUGGCUUCAAUUGCUCAAGAGAAUAAAGAUAGUUGAUCUCUCUAAUGCUAGCAUCUCAGGUCCUCUUCCAGAAAACAUCGGUCAUGUGAUGCCAGGGCUAUAUGGAUUAUCUCUUACAAAUAACCUCAUGAACGGUUCAAUUCCAAAGUCAUUGUGCAAUUCAAAAGCUUUGCUAUUUCUUGAUCUCUCAAACAAUAUGUUAUCUGGAAGUAUUCCUAAUUGUUGGAGAAAUGAUCAAUCGUUCAAUUUUAUUGAUCUCUCUUCUAACAAUCUUUCGGGCUUAUUUCCGAGCACAAUGGGGCAAUUUUCUUCUUUAUUUGUAUUGCUCUUGAACAACAAUAGUCUCCAAGGGGAACUACAUUUGGUCUUGAAAAACUUGAUUUCUUUAACAAUUUUGGAUUUGGGUGAAAAUAAAAUCUCUGGAAAUUUAACAAGCAUUGUGGGGGGUAAGACUGGCAACCAUGCUUUAAAAGUUCUUCGACUACGAAGAAAUUUGGUUUCUGGUUAUAUUCCUUUGGAAUUGUGCUCUUUCUCUCAAUUGCAAAUUCUAGAUCUUGCAGAUAACAAUUUGACAGGAAGGAUUCCUCCUUGUCUUGGAAAGUUUCCAGUUAUGAUGAAUGCAGCAAAUAUGAUCUACGUCUUUGAUCCUACGUAUUUGGAUUUGGCGCAUUUGUUGGAGGUUGUGAAAGGGAGAUACCUUGAGUACAAAAAAACGACUCUGAGACUCCAGAUUAGUAUAGAUCUUUCGAGUAACAAGCUAACAGGACCCAUACCAGAGGAGCUUAUUUUCCUUGAGAAUUUGCACAAUUUGAAUUUGUCUCAAAAUCAUCUCUCAGGAAAGAUCCCCGAGAAAAUUGGACAAAUGGAGAAUUUGGAAUCUCUUGAUUUCUCCCAAAAUGGCCUCUCAGGAACAAUCCCGAACAGCAUGUCAAAUUUAACCAAGUUAAGCCACCUCAACUUGUCCUACAACAACUUGUCAGGGCCAAUUCCAACAGGCUAUCAGCUUCAAACACUUGAAGAUCCAACCAUUUACACCGGUAAUCCUCAUCUCUGUGGAACUCCACUCUUGAUGAAAUGCUCAAAUGACACGCUGCCUCCGACAAUCACCAACUUCAAGGACAACAAUGAAGGUGCACUUAAAAGAAUGUGGUUUUACAUUGUCGUGAUGUCAGGCUUUGCAACUGGAUUUUGGGGAGUUGUUGGAACUUUGAUUUUUGUGAAAAGUUGGAGAUAUGCAUAUUUUCAAUGGGUGGAUGAUGUCAAACACUGGAUACUUGUGGUUAUAGCAUUAAAGGUGGCACGAUUCAAGAAGAUGUUCAAUGGUAACCCAGAUGAUCAGUGACUGAUAUAUGGAGUAUAUUAUUAUUGCUACGUUUAUUAUUAAACUAGUAGGACAACCCUACAUUGUAGGGUAUGGUGUUGGGUCCAACACUAAAUAGGUCAAUUUUAAAUGAACACAUAUGUAUUAUAGUUUGUAAAAGUUUCAAUAAUAUAACAUAACUUGUAGUUUUAUUUGUUUCAGAAAAAUAAAAAUUCAUAAAUUCG